GCAUUUGGAGAUUACAAUUUCAGACCACUGUCGGUGUUGAGUGAGUGGAUCAAAUGGCGAUGCAGCUCCAGUUUCCAUGCGCGGGUGUACGAUUAGGCGCGUCAGGACCGGCGCACGUUAACAAAAGGGUCACUGCGUUUGCUACCCAAUCCCGAUCCCGAUCCCGAUCCCCGAGCCGAGCCGAUGAUGACGUGGACUGGGUCCAAGCUACUUCGGCCUUCUUCCAGAGAGAUACCCGGCCCAUUAUGUUAUUUGACGGUGUUUGUAACUUAUGUAAUGGAGGUGUAAAGUUUGUACGUGAUAAUGAUCGAAAUAGGAGAAUAAGAUUUGAGGCUCUCCAAAGUGAAGCUGGCAAGAAUCUGCUUAGGAGGUCAGGAAGAGCACCAGAUGAUAUUUCAAGUGUUGUUCUUGUUGAAAAAGAUAGAUCAUAUAUUAAGUCAGAAGCUGUUUUAAAGAUAAUGGAAUAUAUAAACUUGCCUUUCCCUCAGCUAGCAUUCUUCCUACACUUUGUACCACUGUUCGUGAGAGAUUUUAUGUAUGACAGAGUUGCAAACAAUCGUUACACGAUUUUCGGCCGUUCAGAAUCAUGUGAGCUAUAGAUUAUUUCAUCAGUAUAACCUAUAUGUGGAAAAGUACCUAAAAGAGAGAUCUUGCUCUGUAUGAACUAUGUAGUUCAUGAGUUACAUAGAAGAAUAGCACUAAAUACUAUAGCUUUUUAUUCCAUAGCAACAUAACAAGUGCUUACAACAUGGAUUUAUGCAAGUUAGUUUCUGUGUUUAUUAACUAAUACACGAUUGAAUUUAGAAGGACAUUGAUUGUAAAGUAAUUUACAAGGAACGAGUGAUAUAAAUAUGAUAUUUUUAUUAGAAAA